CAUGGUUGAUUUCUACAGGACUGAGUAAAAUACAACCGUUUUCGUAAAAUUAUUAUGAAAAUGGAGUGGAAACCUGAAGAAGAAGGACUAAGACAAAUACUUACACUUCUUAAGGAGUCUCAAUCACCAGACACUGCUACUCAAAGAGCAGUUCAACAAAAAUUGGAAGAAUUAAAUAAAUAUCCCGACUUCAACAACUACUUAAUUUUUGUAUUGACAAAUUUGGUGACUGAAGCAGAACCUACAAGAUCCUUAAGCGGCUUAAUAUUGAAGAAUAACGUAAAAGCGCGUUACAACAGCUUUUUACCCGAAGUAGCUGAGUUUAUAAAGCGAGAAUGCUUAUCAGCUGUUGGAGAUCCUUCCCCACUGAUUCGGGCUACUGUAGGUAUAAUUAUAACGACUAUAGCUAGCAAGGGAGAACUAACAUCAUGGCCAGAACUAUUACCAGCAUUAUGUCAAAUGCUUGAUUCACAGGAUUACAAUGUUUGUGAGGGAGCAUUUGGAGCUCUACAAAAAAUUUGCGAAGACACAGCCGAGCUAUUGGACAGCGAUGCCUUAAACAGACCCUUAAAUGUUUUGAUACCUAAAUUCUUACAGUUUUUCCGUCAUUCAUCACCUAAAAUAAGAUGUCAUGCUAUUGCCUGUGUCAAUUAUUUUAUUAUGGGAAGAACACAAGCAUUGAUGCUACAUAUUGACUCCUUUAUAGAGAACUUAUUUCACUUGGCAGCAGAUGAAGAUCCAGAUGUUAGAAAAAAUGUUUGUCAUGCUUUAGUGUUACUUCUAGAAGUUCGAUUAGAUCGCCUCAUACCCUACUUACCUAAUAUUAUCGAGUAUAUGUUAAUGCGAACACAAGAUGCUGAAGAGGGUGUAGCGUUAGAAGCUUGUGAAUUUUGGUUAUCGUUAGCUGAACAGAAUGUCUGCAGAGAGGUGCUGGGCCCGCGCCUGCCCGCGCUGCUGCCGGUGCUGGUGCGCGGCAUGCGCUACUCGGUGAUGGACGUGAUUCUGCUGCGAGGAGACCGCGACGACGACGCCGACGACGCGGAGCCCGACCGCGAGUCUGACAUCCGACCGCGCUUCCACAAGCCGCGUUCGCACACCAUCAAGCAUAACGCCGGCGCGGGCGACAGCAACAUGUCGGGCGGCGGCGAGUCGGAGGACGAGGAGGAGGGCGGCGGUGACGACGACGGCUCGCUGUCCGACUGGAACCUGCGCAAGUGCAGCGCCGCCGCGCUCGACGUGCUCGCCAACGUGUUCGGCGCCGAACUGCUGCCCGUGCUCUUCCCCAUCCUCAAGGAGACGCUGUUCCACGACGACUGGGUCAUCAAGGAGAGCGGCAUCCUGGCGGUGGGCGCGGUGGCGGACGGCUGCAUGGCCGGCAUGGUGCCGCACCUGCCGGACCUCGUGCCCUACCUGGUGUGCUGCCUGGCCGAGAGCAAGGCGCUGGUGCGCGCCAUCACCUGCUGGACGCUCUCGCGCUACUCGCACUGGAUCGUGUCGCAGUCGCACGACCUCUACCUGCGACCCGUCAUGACCGAGCUUUUAACACGUGUCCUGGAUAAUAACAAACGCGUACAAGAGGCUGCGUGUUCCGCAUUCGCCACAUUAGAAGAAGAGGCUUGUACAGAACUUGUUCCAUACUUGGGCCACAUCCUGCAGACGUUAGUGUACGCCUUUGGCAGAUAUCAGCACAAAAACUUGUUAAUAUUGUACGACGCUAUCGGUACAUUAGCGGAUUCGGUGGGACACCAUUUGAACAAACAGGAAUAUAUUGAUCUUUUGAUGCCGCCCCUUAUAACGAAAUGGAAUGUCUUAAAAGAUGAAGAUAAAGAUUUAUUUCCUUUACUUGAGUGUUUGUCAUCAGUCGCCACAGCUCUUCAGUCAGGAUUUCUACCGUACUGUGAACCAGUUUUUAGGAGAUGUGUGUCACUAAUAGAACAAACAUUAAAUCAAAAUAUUGCGAAUAGUCAGAGUCCUGAACAGUUCGAGGCACCAGACAAAGACUUUAUGAUAGUCGCUUUGGACUUGCUAAGUGGUCUCGCGGAGGGCUUGGACGGACACAUAAAUCAUUUAGUGUUGAACUCUAAUCUUAUGCAACUUUUGUACCAGUGUAUGCAGGAUCCAAUGCCAGAGGUUCGACAGUCAUCGUUCGCGCUACUGGGGGAUUUGACAAAGGCGUGCUUCCAACACGUGCUGCCCUACAUACCAGAGUUCCUGCCCAUUCUCGGCAUGAACCUCAACCCCGAACUUAUCUCAGUCUGUAACAACGCCACAUGGGCCAUCGGAGAGAUCAGCAUCAAACUAGGACCGGAAACAUCGAAGUACAUACCACUCGUACUGAGUCAUCUAGUAGAUAUCAUCAACAGGCCUAACACGCCUAAGACAUUACUCGAAAACACAGCGAUUACUAUCGGUCGGCUAGGUUAUGUGUGCCCCCACGACGUCGCACCCGUUUUACAUCAAUUCGUACGCCAGUGGUGCACGUCUCUGCGGAAUAUCCGCGACAACGACGAGAAGGACUCCGCUUUCCGCGGCAUCUGUCAGAUGAUCCAGGUGAACCCGGGCGGAGUGGUGCCCGACUUCAUGUUCUUCUGUGACGCGGUGGCGUCGUGGUCGCAUCCCAAGGACGACCUGAAGGAGAUGUUCACGAAGAUCCUUCACGGGUUCAAGGCGCAGGUGGGCGACGAGAACUGGCGCCGCUUCACGGACCAGUUCCCCGUGCAGCUCAGUGCGCGCCUGUCCGCCAUGUGCGGUAUCUAGGCCCCCCCCCCCACCACCUAGCGUAGUCGUAGUCGUAAUCGGAACGGAGUACGUUUGUUUAUUUUUUGAAUUGAUUUUGACGCGAACGAUGUCCCUCUCUUAUCGUGGAGAGCCAUGGACGGUCCGUCGUACGCCGUAAUAUUCCAUAGUGGAAAAUUGAGAAAUUUUAAUGACAUACUGCUGACGUUUAGCGUUGUUAGCGCACAUCGAAUCGGACCGAAGUCGUUUCGUAUUUUAAAUCGUCGCGAGUUAGACCGUUCGAUAUUGAGUACGUAUAUUUGUCUGCUUUCGUUUGUAGCGAGCGAGAAGUCGUCGCCGGUAUAUUAUAGCUUAAAGUGGAGUCGAUGUCCAUAUGCCUUCGUAUGUAUUUUAAUUUUAGUAACGUUCUUGACGAUCACUGUUCUGCAAUUGUUUCGUGCGCUUGAGUUAUCUUAAUAAAUAUUGACAAACAUUUGUACCAAGUGUAUCCCUUUAGACGUUAAUUGUGAACAUUUUAAUAGUUUUUGGAUAAUGUAUACUGAGAAAUUAACAAAAAAAAAAAAAAAGAAAAAGGUUUAUACACAUAUUUGUCUAAAAGCAUUUAUUCGU